CUUCUUCUGCCACGGAACAUUCUGAUAGGGGACUGUGGCAAAAUUAAAGCAGAUACGUGACCUCUCAAUGAGAAAAUACCUCUCGCUGGAGAAAACGAAACCGCAGCUGACGUAGGCGCCGAGCGGAGGCGUAGCUCACACUCCUCUCGUCUGCGAGCGUCUGUCUCGGAGCUUCAGUUCAGCGGGACAUGGACAACCAGUGAGCACGUGCCCUGCUCUUAUCACACUGACCGAGAGGAUUCAAUCAAGGAUGGCGUACGAGAAUGAAAAUGCUGGUAUAGAACUGCUUCUUGCUCACAUGAACAUUGAAGACUUCAUCCAAGAGGAAGAUAAUUUCUACUGUGUUGGCGAGGAGGUGGAAUCGGGAGUUUCGUUUGAGGAAAGUUUCUCACAAGAAGAUAUGGAUGAGACUGAGGAGACGCCACAGGAUUUGAGCUCACAUGUGCAAAAUCCCGGAAAGGUCCGUUACGGGACAGCGUCCGACCUCCUGGACUUUGUAAAUAUGGUUUCAAACACACUGUCCUCCUCGCUCUUAGAGGUGGGAGAAGAAAUGGGGGUUCUGCUCAACAAGACAGACAUGGUCAUUAAGGAUGGGCAUUAUCGCAUUGAUUUGGACGUCCUUCUGUUUCCGUGGAAACUAACUUACAAGCCCCCAGGCCCUGGAUAUGUUCCCAAAGGCUCAUUUGGGAAGGUCCAUCUGGCUCAGGACACCAAAACUCGGAAGCGAAUGGCAUGCAAACUAAUUCCUGUGGAACAUUUCAAGCAUGCAGAGGUGGAAAUCCAAGCCCGGUUCCAGCACGAGAACAUAGCACAGCUGUAUGGGGCCUUGCUGUGGGAACAGACGGUGCAUUUGUUCAUGGAAGCGGGUGAAGGUGGCUCGGUUCUAGAGAAGCUGGAUAGCUGUGGUCCAAUGAGAGAGUUUGAGAUCAUUUGGGUCUCUCAGCAGGUUCUGCGAGGCCUGGAGUACUUGCACUCUCACAAGAUUAUACACCACGACAUCAAACCCAGUAAUAUUGUGCUGAUGUCUGCUAAAGCCGUGCUGGUGGAUUUUGGGCUUACAGUACAGAUGAAGGAUGAUGUAUAUAUUCCUCGCGAUUUACGUGGCACAGAGAUGUAUAUGAGUCCAGAGCUAGUUUUAUGUCGAGGACACAACACAAAGACCGACAUCUACAGUCUGGGAACCACAAUCAUACACAUGCUGAGUGGAAGUCCUCCAUGGGUUAGGAGAUAUCCCAGAAGUGCCUAUCCCUCAUACCUUUACAUAAUCCACAAACAGGCCCCUCCUCUGGAAGACAUACCUGAAAGCUGUAGCCCCGCGAUGAGGAGACUCCUGGAGCACGCGCUCGAUAGGGUCCCCGCGCGGAGGAGCUCUGCCACAGAAUUACUGAACGAGGAGGCCCUCCAUCCUUCUCGGGAGGACCAGCCACGCUGUUGGAGCCUGGACUCGGCGCUGGAGGAAGGCACACAUCCAAUGCUGCAACAGCUCAGUCAGUUUUCAGACAGCACCCAAGAUUCGUCCUUGUACACCGAGGAUUCUGGGCACUCGAAGAAGAAAGGUUCCCUCCAUAUUGAUUUGGGCGCCUUGGCUGGCUACUACAGUCUGGUUAGAGGGCCACCAUCUAGUGAAUAUGGCUAGUUAAGGUGGAUUUUUGCUAAAAUCCACUGGAUUACUUGUAUAGUUUGCAUUCAUAUAUAAGCUGUAAGAAUUGUGGAGCUAAACUCAUCCAUCUGAUGAUUGAGCAUAUAUGGUCCCAAAUGAGGACAGUCUACACAGAUUGGAUAGUGAUUGGACGUGAAGAGAAGACGGUCCUGAGGUGUUUAUAUUGUUUGAUGAACAGUUUGUGAGGAGUAGUUUUGUUAAUGCAGUUCUUUGUCUGUGUUAUGAGAACAUGAAUAUAUAUGACAAUAUACUGUAUUUGAAAUGCGUACUAGGGAUGCAACAAUAUUAAAAUCUGACCAAUACAGAUAAGCAGAAAAAUAUUUUUAUAUUAUGACUGCUGAAAAUAAAUAGCUGAGUAUAUGUAUGCACCUUUUUCUUUAAACAACAACAACGUUAAAUUUAUUUAGGCAUCACAUUAUAAAGUAUGAGAAAUGCAUAUUCUACAGUAUGAAAAAUGCAUAUUAUAUAAUAUAUAUACUACAGCUAAUUGCAGAUCACCGUAGCUGUGCUAGGUGCAUUGAUUAUGUAUUCCAUAUCUGAUCACAUAAGGGCAGGCCCUAAUGAUAGUAAAUCUGUGCUUUAAAAUAUGUUGAAAUAUUCAUUAAAAUGAUUAUUAUGCUAGAUUAUAUUUGCUUAAUGUUAUUAUUUUUUUUAGAUUUUUGACCAUAGCAGUGCUAUGUACGUUAAAAACGUAUUUAUCUCCAGUGAACUACAAAGGCAGGCCUGUGUUAUCUAAAACUUUAUGCAUUCUGACCUACAUUUGUAGGUUUUAUUAUUUUUAAUCACAAUGUGUUGUGAGUCUUUUGAAUUUGAAUAUUUGAUCUCUGUCUUUGUCUUUAAUAACACAUUUCAGGAAAUAACUUCAGGUUAAUGUUUUAGAUUAAUGCAUUUUUGUAAUCCCCAUGUGAGUGCAUUGUCUUUAAAUAGCUUUAGAUCCCUUGAUAAUACAACCAUUGAGAAAAAAAGACAAAAGAGCAGACUGCAGCAAUUAUUAUUUUUCCCCUUCAGGAAGUGUUUUCGGAUGAUAUGGAAAAUCAUCUCAGGGUUUUAUUCCCAUGGAAUGUGUUUUUGUUGAGUAGUUGCAAUGCAAGAGAAUGAAAUGUGCACUCAGACAAAAAUAAAAAAUGUAAUAGAUCCUCCAGAUUAAUGACAGUGUUCAUAAAAAGUGACUUCAUAAACAUGCUGUGACAGCAAAGAUGAACUGAUCUUUUGUUGUCUGAACAUCUGUAUUGAAGAGCUCCAGUCUGCAUAUUCAUGUCUAAAAAAACUACGUAUUGCACAUAUUAGCUUAUUUGUAUUUGCUAAAAUCAGCAUAUUUGUAGCUUUUCAUGUGUUUAAACAUUGCAUAAAUAUAUAAGGCCAGGAUGCUGUCAAUUUUGCUUGUAUUUGUAAUCUAAGGUUGUAAUUUCAGAUGAAAAGGGUAAAAAGACAUUUGACUGUUCCAAGCAAUAAACUGUUCUUGAGAAAUGUCUUAGUCAUUCUGGAAAGACCAGAAGGUCGGUGUGUGAUAAAUGAUAGUAUCACAUAAGACUGCUGUCCAUUUUGACAAUACUUGGGGGAAGUUAUAAAAUAAAAUAAAAAAUUCUAAAAAAG